AUGGCGAGUUCGGCGGCUAAGGACGAUACGAACGCCGACUACUGGCCCAUCAGCAUUGCCCGCAGUGAUGGUCAGAGUUACCAAGACCUGGACCAGAAGCCCCUUGAUAUGGGCGAAGACCAGGACGUAACACAACUUGAACGAUGGCAAGUGAUCAUUGGAGGACAUCUUGGGAUGCAGCUUGCGCCGAAAGAUGACAAACGCCAAUUCAUACUUUCGGCAUUUCCAAAGGGGUACGAGUUGCGAGUAGCUAUCAGAAAAGACGGGGCCAGGGAUUAUUACUUGUAUGGACACCCAGCAGGUGCAAAGUCCCUCUACCGCACCCCGGGCGAGUUUGCCAGUCACGCUUUAUGGCUCGCCAGCGAUUCACGAGACCCCAGCCAGUGCCCUUGCGAUCUUUGUGCCAGAUAUGUCGAGGCUCAGCAGAAAAAACGACCAGACGCUAUCGCGGCGUGGGAAGCCAACCCUGCCACCGGCUCGGCAGCGGUGCAAAACUCAACACCUCCUCGCUCACAAGCGGUAUCUGUCCACCCCGAACAGCAACAAACGCAACAGGUUCCAGCACAGCCACCACGGAUACCAAUGCCCCCGGGCACGACUGGGCUUUCUAAUGUCUUCCGUGUUGGGGAGAUGGUCUGGUACAGGUUCACCGCCUGGCGGCUAGGCAUCGUUUUCGCCAUCACUCUUCGACCAGGCGCACAGCCUGGUGCACUAGAUACUAGCUACGAGUUUCAAAUCGCGCCCCUGGGCCACGCGACGCUUCAGCAAGACGUCGUUGUCAAGGACGCCUCGACCAUGCGCCCGUUCCUCACGUUUAGUGUGCCAGACUCUCCGGCCCAUCUCAGAGGCAAACCCUUCGACGAGGUCGAUUGGCUGGCCCUCAGCGAAAACGAACGUCGCGGCAAAGACGCUGCCCAACAGCAACAGGCGCUGCAAACCGUGGGUCUCGAGGCGUCCAAACUCGCAGCCAGGAGCAUCAACGACUGCUUCUCCUUCUUCAAUAAGAUCCACGACGCGCCCACGGACGAUAAUCUCUUCCGCCUGAAGUGUUUUCAGGGAGUAUACUUUGGCGCCGAGAUGAUCAUGGUUAACGACCCCAUCAGGGUCCAGCUCGGACUGCCGGCAGACGGCUCCCAGCAGCAACCAGCUGAUGCUUCUGUUCCGGCGGUUGGCAUCAUGCAUGUGGAGCAGAUUCAGUAUCUCAUCCCGACGGGGCAGCAGAACUCCAAACCGGUGUUGCGAUUUCAGGGAAAGCUCAUCCGUCCGGUUCGCGCCCCGGCUGGCGUCCCGCCGCCGGGUGCUGCACCGCCCGACACGCUGGGCCCGGUGUGUGCUGAGGAGAUUGCGGGGAGGAACGCAUUUGAGAAGAACAAGUCGAUGGCGUGGUACUGGGUGGUGCUUUCGCUGAAGACGCUUCAGCCCGCUGCUACAGAGGAGGACCGGCAGUUUACGACGACGACGAAGCUGGAGGGAGAUGUGCUUGGCAGGUUUUAUGUCUCGACAAAGAUCAUGAGUUUGGUCAAUGCGGAUCUGUGCAAACAGUGGGUUGAGAGGGGGCAGGUGGAUGAGCCGCCGAGCUACUUGAACAAUCGGGGGGCGAGCGGUAAUCUGGGGUCGAUCCAGAAGCGCGUGACGAGGAAGCAGACGUUUGGGUUGGCAGUUCAUGGGGAGUUUAAGCUGAGUAGGGGAUUGAUGGAGGAGACACAAUGA